AUGCCACCGACCGAGUCGGCACGCUCCGCUCUGAGCUCUUUCACAUGCACACUAUGCAACAAAUCCUACUCGCGACAUCCGGAAUAUGAAGCGCAUAUUGGUUCCUAUGAUCACCAACAUCGGAAACGACUCCAAGAUCUUAAACAGCUAUCGCGCGAUCCGAAUGCUGCUGAGAAAGCCCGACGCGCAGAGCGCAAAGCCGAUGCGGAGGCUGGGCUUCGCGUGAUUGAUACUCCGACUGGCAAUCCUACAUCUAGCGGGACCACUACUGGGCGAGGCGGAGGCGGAGGCGGAGGAGCCUUUAAGAAAGGUAACUUCAAGAGUUCGUUCGCAGCAGUCAAAGGUCCUGCAGCGCCUGUGAUGAAAAAGAAGAACGUCCUAGGCGAUGACGAUGAUGAAGAGGAGAAGACACCAGCAGUGACCAAGGUUCAAUCGAAAUCGACUGCUCCCAAGUCCACGCUUGGUGAUGAACUGCGUGACGAUGUGGAAAGCGACACCGAUGAGGAAUAUGGGCGAGAUACGGCUGGCGGGGGAUACUAUGACCCUCGUCAUCCGACCGAUUGCUUUUCUGGGUGUACAGGAUUGCGAGAUAUCAAGUCUACCACUUGA